GCAUCUAGAUACUGGACAGAGGAACGCGUGUACAGUGGCUGCAGGCGCAAGGGGAGCCUUAGUAAAUCGACCAACUGUAAGCGCUAUUCAACAUUGCUAAUGGAGCUACAACUGCCGCGAAUGCAGUUUUUGUGUUGAUUUUCUUUAAGGCCGUGGAGGGUUUCCAGUUUUCAGUAAAAUCCCGCAAACUCGCAUAUUUAUGUACGUAUGUGUGUAUAAUAUGUACGUUUAUCAGCCGGAAGCAAGUAAAUGCUGAAUUUUAUUAAAUGACGCAGAGUGUGGUCCCAUUAAUGGAAUAGAGCCAACAACAGGCCAGACUAACAGCAUUUUUCAUUAGCAAAAGCUAAAACGAGUGGGUGUUAAGUAUCAUUAACUACACAUAUAUAAACGUACCAGGGUACAUAUGAGACCAGUGACCAAUGCGAAAAACGCCUAAAAACACACUGCAGAUUUGUAAAGCGAACAUGUGACUGAGUGCCGUACACGGCAAGAAAUUACUUCAAACAAAGAAGGGGCAAACAAGCGCGGCAAAGUACUAAUACAUAUGUACGUAUGUACAUAUGAAAUAGCGAAGUCACGUUGAAUCAAAGCAAGCAAACCUUUAAAGGAGCACUAAAACGAGCGAAAAGGACGAAAGAAGCACAGAAGUGCAGAAAACGAAUUCGAUUCAAAAGAGAAAAAUAAGAAAGCAGUAGCGGCAACAAAAGCCAACAAAGAAAAGCUAGUUAAUAGUAAAGUCAGAGUGAGCUCGCGCGGAUAGUUGUUGUGGAUGUUGGAGUAGUGGAAUAGUGGGAGUAGCAGCAAAUGUUUUUGCGCUAGCAACACACAGUGCGGCGGACAACAACGGCGGCGACGACGUGGACAAUGGCAAAAAGCAAAAGCACGAGAAAACAAUGAGCUGCGGUUUCACAAAAAGCUCCUUGGUAAAAUACACAUAGCACAUUACAAUUGAAACGGUAUGGUGAAAAUGGAAUCCACAGAAGAACAGGAUCGAAAGUUAGUAUUGGAGUUUUGCCAUUUGCUCGAGAAAUCUAAGCAACUGUUCAAUGGCCUCAGAGACUUGCCACAAUAUGGACACAGACAGUGGCAGGCGUAUUUCGGGCGUACAUUUGAUGUGUAUACAAAAUUGUGGAAAUUCCAACAACAGCAUCGUAUGGUAUUGGACUCGAAAUACGGUUUGAAGCGGUGGCAAAUCGGUGAAAUUGCAAGCAAAAUUGGACAGCUUUAUUAUCAUUACUAUUUAAGAACCAGCGAAACGAACUACCUGAAUGAAGCUUAUCAAUUUUAUGCAGCUAUUAGGGGUAGAGCAUAUUAUUCGCGUGCGAUCAAAGAGGAUCGGCCCGAUUUAAUGGUGAAGAAGUUGCGGUAUUAUGCGCGAUUUAUUGUUGUUUGUUUGCUGUUGAAGAAAAUGAAGCUGGUUCGUGAGUUAGUGACGGAGUUAGAAAACCAAAUACAGGAAUACACAGCAACUUACGAACCAGAAGAUCAUUUAGAAUGGUCACUAGUUUUAGAAGAGAUAAAAGGUUUUAUAAAAGCUGAAGCUGCCGUGGCUGUUCUUCAUGCGGAUUCCAAUCCCAUCAUACUUUCACACAGUGGUUCCGGUUCUAGGUUGUCGCCGCUAACGACGCCACCGUGUGAACGAUCGCCCCACAUGACGUUGAGCCUGCAGGAGAUACUCAUUGUAGGUUCGGCGUGCGAACAGGCGAAGUUCUCCGAGUUAACAAUGGACAUGUUUAGAAUGUUACAAACACUCGAAAGGGAGCCAACGGAAUCAACGCAUCCGAUGAGCAUUACACAUGGCAUGCACGGGCACGAUGCCAGCCCGGCUGCCAGCCGCAUACCACCAUAUGGUGUUCCAGGUUCUAAGGGUUACUUAGAAAAUGGCCGUCAUUAUCGAGACAAUCCUCACAAAUAUUUACUAUACAAGCCUUCUAUUAGUCAACUUCUGGUGUUCUUAGCUAGCGGAUUUAAAGAAUUGCCUCCAGGAGGCGCAUUACUCUUAUAUAUGUCAGCUGACGGUUGUUUCUCGACUACAAAGCAUCCAGAGGAUUAUGGUUAUGAAUUGGGUGGCAUUGCAACGAGCGUUAAGCGUGAUGGUGUCGAAGGUGGUGGUAUCGCAUGCCGAGGGAAAUCCUAUAAGGAGAAUCAUUGUUUGUAUCCCGGCGAUUUGUAUCCCUUUACACGAAGACCAAUGUUCAUUAUCAUCGAUUCUGAUAAUUCAUUUGUUUUUCAACACAUUCCCCGGUACUUUGGUCAACCAUUAGUCAUCUUAAUGUCACCACAAGAUGUACCGCCCGCAUUUCAAGCUGAUGUGCAACAUCAUGGAUCGCUAUUCACCCUGUUCCUGCAUUCCCCGCUCACGGCACUCUGCUACAUUUGUAAUGUCGGUGAUGUGCCCAUACAUCAUUGGGAGCGCUGCCAAUCACAUGUAGAUCGUUUCAUAACAGAGGCAUCAAGACUUGUGACACGUUGUCGCAUCGAUGAAAUCGAACAAGGCAUAGGUUUUAUAGACUCGUCGUACGUUCAAUUCUUCGGUGAUGACUUUUUACGUACGCUAAUUCUACGUUUCGUCUUCUGUGAUGUUGUACUGAGAUUGCAUCGUGGCUUUCGUGGACGACAUAUGAGACCACGAUGCGAGCCACCGCUGCCAUCCAAUGAGUUACUGGAUCAUCCAUCAUUGUCGCAUAUAAUAUUCCAAUUAGCGUCGGCGCUCGAUGUGCGCGGUCAUUUCUCCGAUGGACCUGAAUGCGACUGAUGAUUUUUUAGUAAUACUUAUAAAAAUAUUUAUUAUUUAAAUUUACUUGUAAUACAUGAAAUAGUAAUUAGUAGUACAGCAAUAGCAAAGAGAUUAAGAGUGGCGGCUGGUGGAAAAUUAUGUAAUUGUAAUAUUAUUAGCAAU